AGUGUAAACAGGGGGUCAGUAGCAUGUAGGCUAAUGUGCGCUGGGUUGAGGUUCGAUACCACCCGCAGCACAGCGCUCCCUCUGUCCGUUUACUCUCCAGCACUUCUCCUCCUCCUCCUCCUCCUCCUCACAAGAGCAGCAGGGAGAACACAGCUGUUCCCACAGACCUCAGCUCAGUCAACACAGAGCAGAACUCAGCGGCUGGGUGCUGACUGACUAUGCGGAGGAGACGGAACGCGGAGUGGAUCGGUUCGAUGCCCGGUUCUGCGCUCAGCCUGUGGCUGCUGCUGCUGCUGGCGGCUCCCUGUUCAGCGCACCGCUUCCUCCCACAGAACACUGCGUCCCAGUUUCUCACGCGGCACCGGCGAGCAAACGCAAUGUUCGAAGAGGGCAAGAAGGGCAAUUUGGAGCGAGAGUGCAUUGAAGAGCUGUGCAGUAAGGAGGAGGCACGGGAGAUCUUCGAGAACGUCCCUGAGACGGAAUACUUCUUCCCCAAGUAUACAGAGUGUUUGGUGCACUUCCGUGUUGGUAGUACCUCCAAUACGAACACAGACUCUGGAAUUCCUCAGGACCUCCGCACGUGUGUUCAAGAGUUACGUAACCAGUGUUUGCCGCUGCCGUGCAGUAAGGAGGGAUACAAGCACUGUAUUGAUGGUCAGGGUACCUAUACUUGUGUAUGCAAACCUGGCUGGAAAGGGCUUCUAUGUGAAGAGGAUAUUGAUGAGUGUAAGGACCCAGAUUUCCUUGCUGGUUGUAAGCAGGGCUGCCAGAACACACUCGGGAGCUUCCAGUGCUUUUGUUUUAGUGGUUACUACCAGUAUGACACGAUCAACUGUUUUGAUAUUAAUGAGUGUCGGCUUCACCCCAACCAAUGCCAAGAGCCGUCCAGAUGUGUCAACAGUCCAGGCUCAUACGUGUGCCAGUGCCCUACAGGAUACGUGUACAACUUUACAAAUCAUAAGUGUGAGGACAUAGACGAGUGUGAGCAGGACAAAUGUGGGGGCGUGUGUGUAAACACCGUGGGCAGCUACUCUUGUCACUGUGACGGACGCGAGGGGCUGAAGCUGGCAGAGGAUGGGCACUCCUGUGAGAAAAUCCCUGAAUGUCUCAAGCUCUAUGACCAGAAAUAUGGGGAGAUCCUCUACCUGGGAGAGCAGUUCACAGGCCAGCCUAUGAUCUACCUGCACUUUCGAUUCCCAGAGAACAGAAGCAACAGGUUUGCUGCGGAGUUUGACUUCCGGACGUUCGAUCCGGAGGGUGUAAUAUUGUACGCUGAAUCACUGAAGGACUCGUGGCUCAUGCUGGGAUUGAGGAACGGACGCAUUGAGGUUCAGUUCAAGAACCUGCACUCUGUUAAGGUCACGAGUGGAGGCAAAGCCAUCAACAAUGGCCAAUGGCAUGUGAUAUCAGUAGAGGAGCUGGAGAACAGCAUCAGUGUGAAGAUCAGUCAGGAGGCAGUGAUGAGUAUUAAUAACCCUGGCAACCUAUUCACGCCAGUCAACGGCAAACUGGAGGCCAAAGUUUACAUCGCUGGCUUGCCCAAUCGCACCAACAACAUCAUUAAACAAAUCAACCCCAGAUUAGAUGGCUGCAUUCGUGGCUGGAACCUGAUGAACCAGGGGGCUUCCGGAGUAAAGGAGUACAUUCAGGGGAAAGAGAGCAAGCAUUGCUUUGUGUAUGUGGAGAAAGGAUCCUACUUCAGUGGUGCUGGAAAGGCCCAGUUUAACAUUGACUACAAUGUUGAUGGUCAAUGGAGAGUCGACGUGGUGAUGAGCAUUCGACCAUCCAGUAGCACAGGCGUUCUCUUUGCCCUCGUCAGCAACGACACCGUCCCUCUAUCUGUCUCUGUGUUUACUCAAGAACCAAACGAUGCGUACCUGCAGGUGUUUUUAGGCAACGUUCCUGUUGUGAAGCUCGAGUCGUUGAUGCUGUGUUACCCAGGACACUUAGAGGUGGAGAUACAUGUGUCUGAUGAUGACCUCCAGAUCUCAGCAAACUCCUCUACUGUGACCUACACUGAGACCGAAGCUCUCAGACAGGCUUUAGCCAAGCUCAAUGCCACCAUGCAGCAGCCAGUCUUGACUUACAUUGGGGGACUGCCAGAUCUCCCCCUGUCCUCUGUGCCGGUCUCAGCCUACUACCACGGCUGCAUGGAGAUCCGUGUGAAUAACCAGUUGCUUGACUUUGAUGAAGCUGUCAGCAAGCACAACAGCAUCAACUCUCAUUCAUGUCCCCCAGUUUCCCUUCCAGAGAGUACCUCGCACCAAUAAUCAGGAAGUGAAAUCUCUGAUGCUGUUGUUUUUUUUUAUUAUUAUUAUUAAUAUUAAUAUUAUUAUUAUUAUUAUUGCUCUGUGUCCUGUUGUAAAUACUUGUGAGGGAGAAUACGCUGAGAGAGAGAGAAGGAGAAUGGUGGGCUAUCUCCACUAAACCACACAAACCAUUGAGUAUCCUGUUACAAACACUGUUGUAGUGAACUGUAUAUUUACUUUAUUGUUAACACACAGCUUAUGGAGCAGAGGUUUUAAAAUAUGUACUCAAAUUCCAUUCAGUAAGAUUUAGAAGUAUGACCUAAUAGGCUCAAGGAGGUUUUUAUUUGACCCUUGUAGAUGUGCUUGUGAUAGGGCAAAUAAGUUUUCCCUGUUUAAAAAAAAAAAAGUUUUUAGUUUUGGGCUUUUAAGAUGGACAGAUUAUUAAAUCUAAUAAAACUGGCAAGAAUUCAACUGUUAA